AUGUUUGGUUACAGAAACGUAAUAUCAUCAUGCUGGCUUGGCCCAGCUGUUCCCCUGAAAUUGUUUGCACUUCACGCACCUGCGCUUUGUUCCAAAGGGCUGCGCAAAUGGAGAAGUCACUGCGAGUGCUGGAACCACAUCUUGACAGGCGACCGGGUGCUCCUCUGCCCCAUACGAUCUGCAAUCACAAGCUCGCUUGGCUUGGGAGCAACUAACUACUGGUAA